AUGCCGCUGGUCAAGAGGAUCAUCGAGCCUCGCCACCUCUGCCGGGGGGAGCUCCCGGAUGGUAUUGGCAGUGAGCUUGAAUGUGUGAUGAAUAACACUCUCUCUGCCAUCAUCCGCCAACUCAGCAGUCUAAGUAAACAUGCUGAGGACAUUUUUGGUGAGCUGUUUAAAGAGGCCAACAACUUCUACCUACGUGCCAACUCGCUCCAGGACCGAAUUGACCGGCUGGCAGUCAAGGUUACUCAGCUGGACUCCACCGUUGAAGAAGUUUCUUUGCAAGAUAUUAACAUGAGAAAAGCCUUCAAGAGCUCCACCACUCAGGACCAGCAGGUGGUGGCCAAGAGCAGCAUCCCUAAUCCAGUCACUGACAUGUUUCAUCUUAGUGACAAGCCUCCACCUCUCAGCAUCCUCUCACCAUACAGGGAUGACAAGAAGGAUGCACUAAAGUUUUAUACAGAUCCUUCCUAUUUCUUUGAUCUUUGGAAGGAGAAAAUGCUGCAGGAUACAGAAGACAAGAGAAAAGAGAAGAGAAAGCAAAAGGAGCAGAGACGUUGUGUAGAUGGAACUUUACAGAGAGAGGUGAAGAAAGUUCGCAAAGCGAGGAACCGUCGACAGGAGUGGAAUAUGAUGGCUCUGGAUAAAGAGCUGAGGCCUGACCAUCGACACACAAUACACAGAGACAGAGCCGCUUCCUCAGAAGGUUCAAUGUCGCCAGAAAACAGGGGUCAUGAGCAGCUUCACUAUCCCAACGCCAUGAACCACGCUGGACAUGCCCACACUUAUUCUGGCCCACCUCCCAGUGUCCUCGCUGCUCAGAUGGCUGCCGGACACAUCCCCAAAGGGGCAGAGCACGAGGGCAGAGGCCGAGCCAUGGCCUAUCAGGGUGGAACACUGGGCCGCACGCACCACCAGAUACCCCUACCCCCUCCGCCAACUGAAGCCAUGAACGGUGGCUCCAUGUCACUCCCACCAGUGGACUACAGUUUGGAUGGCUAUGCCAACACUCCUCCUCCACCCCCUCCGGCACCGCUCAUUCCUUCAGCUCAAACGGCCUUUGCGUCUCCUCCUGGAGGUCCCAUGUCGCCAGGAUCCAUGGGAGGUACUGGGGUCUAUGCCCCGCCUCCACCACCUUUUUUUGGGGCACAGUCUGCCCCGCCUCCCCCUGGCCCACCUCCUCCACCCAUUCCUGCUGGUGCCCCCCACUCCAUGACACGCAAAAUGUCCUCAUCUGCACCUGCUGAGAGCAGCGUGGUCAGUGAUGCCCGGAGCGACCUCCUGUCUGCCAUACGCAUGGGUAUCCAACUCAAGAAAGUGCAAGAGCAGCAGGAGCAGCAGGCAAAGAGGGAACCAGUAGGAAACGAUGUGGCCACAAUCCUGUCACGACGUAUUGCUGUGGAGUACUCCGACUCAGAGGACGACUCGGAGUUAGAGGAAAAUGACUGGUCUGAUUAA